AUGACUUUCUGUGAGAAUUUCCUUAACUUCCUUUUUUUGUGUUUCACGUGGUUUUUGUCGAUGGUUCGACAAGAAUUUAGAAGUGGAAAAAUUACCCUAGAGAAAACUCACACAUUACUUGAAAAAUUAAAUAUUCGAUGUAAUUAUAUUCAUGUGAAGCACAUUUUUAAGGCUACUGACAGACUGAAGCAAGGAAGAAUCACCAUAGAGGAAUUUAGAUCAAUCUAUCGAAUUAUUGCAUACAGAGAAGAAAUUAUUGAGAUUUUCCACACGUAUUCUGAAAACCGGAAAUUGAUUGUUGAAAAAAAUCUGGCCAACUUUUUGACACAAGAGCAGUAUAUGUGCAAGAACAAUAUGAGUGAAAGUAUUGCUUCUGAGAUCAUUAAAAAAUAUGAGCCUAUUGAAAAAGCUAAGCAAGAAAGCCAGAUGUCAGUUGAAGGUUUUAUAAGAUACAUUUAUUCAUCUGAGUGUCUACUAUUUAAUAGUGAAUUUGAAAAAGUUUAUCAAGAUAUGCAUCAUCCACUAAAUGAUUAUUUUAUUUCAAGUUCACAUAAUACAUACCUGAUAUCUGACCAACUAGUGGGACCAAGUGACAUUUGGGGAUAUGUAAGUGCCCUUGUGAAAGGAUGCCGUUGUCUGGAAAUUGAUUGCUGGGAUGGGUCACAAAAUCAGCCUGUUGUAUACCAUGGCUAUACAUUCACCAGCAAACUCCUGUUUAAAACUGUAAUCCAAGCAGUGCACAAAUAUGCAUUCAUAGCAUCUGACUACCCAGUGGUGCUCUCUUUAGAAAAUCACUGCUCCCCUGCCCAGCAAGAAGUGAUGGCAGACAAUCUGCAGUCUAUUUUGGGAGAUACCUUGCUUUCUGACCUACUUGAUGAUUUUUCAGACAAACUACCUUCACCAGAGGCAUUAAAAUUCAAAAUAUUAGUCAGAAACAAAAAAAUAGGAAGCUUACUAGAAACCUAUGCAAGGAAAGGUUCUGAUAAGCACGGUCAAGUGGAGGAAUAUGAAGAGUAUGAAGAGACAGAUCAAGACGAGGAAGAGGACAAAGUCAAAGAAUCACCAUCAUUGGAUAAUUUAAAAAACAGUCCAGAAAUUCAAAGAUUACCAGUUUCCAAGAAAAAGAAGGUAAAAGUAGCUGUGGCCCUAUCUGAUCUUGUAAUUUAUACUAAAGCUGAGAAGUUCAGAAACUUUCAGUAUUCAAGCCAGUAUCAACAAUUUAAUGAAAGUAAUUCUAUUGGGGAGUCAACAGCUCGAAGACUUUCCAAGUUGAGAGUUCAUGAUUUUAUUCGUCACACCACAAAGUUCAUUACCAGAAUAUAUCCCAAAGCAACAAGAGCAGACUCUUCUAAUUUUAAUCCUCAAGAAUUUUGGAAUGUAGGUUGUCAAAUGGUGGCCCUAAAUUUCCAGACCCCUGGUUUGCCUAUGGACAUUCAAAAUGGAAAAUUUUUGGAUAAUGGUAACUCUGGAUAUAUUUUGAAACCACAAUUCCUAAGAAAUAUUGAAACAGAGUUUAACCCAAGGAAAGCACCAGAGGACAGCAAUCCAAUUACACUUACAAUAAGGGUUAUCAGUGGUAUCCAGUUGCCUCCCAGUUAUCAUUCAUCAUCUAACAAGGCUGACACAUUAGUGAUUAUAGAACUUUUUGGUAUUCCAAUUGAUCAAAUUAAACAUCAGACUCGUGUAAUUAAAAAAAAUGCUUUCAGUCCAAGAUGGAAUGAAACAUUUACAUUUAUUGUUCGGGUGCCAGAAUUGGCAAUGAUACGUUUUUCCGUGGAAAAUCAAAAUGUAAUAACUGGAAAUGAAUUUCUUGGACAAUAUACUUUGCCAGUUUUAUGCAUGAACAAAGGUUACCGUCGUGUCCCUCUGUUUUCCAAAACUGGUGAGAGUCUUGAGCCUGCUUCACUGUUUGUUUAUGUUUGGUACACCAGAUAG